AUGGCUUUCGUGCUCGGCUUGGCAGCUCCGGCCUCUCUUCCCACCGCCGCCGCAGCAAGUCCACGUUAUUCCCAGAGCGGGAGCCGCAGCCGCCAUGGCCGACCAAUGAUUCACCACAGCUCUCAGUUUCAGUACUGCAGACCUGCCAUUCUCAGCAGCCAAACUCAUCAUGAUCAGAAGACGAUAGUGAGGCGAUCCGCCAACUACCAGCCCCCCAUUUGGGAACAUCACUAUUUGCAGUCACUGAGCAGUGAAUAUACGGGAGAUGGGUACGGGAAGCGGUCGGCGGAACUGAAAGAGGCUGUGAGGAGGAUGAUGAGGGAGAAGACGGAGGAUCCAUUGGAGAAGCUGGAGUUGAUAGACGCAGUGCAGAGGCUUGGAGUGUCUUACCAUUUUCGGGCUGAGAUUAGAAGCACGCUUGAGUUGAAGACGAUGAACAAUGAUGAUGGUCUCAUAGUAAGUGAUUGGUGCAGCAAAGGGGAUCUGUACGCUGCUGCCCUCCAUUUCAGGCUCUUGCGCCAGCACCAGCAUGAGGUCCCUCAAGAGAUUUUCCGAAGCUUCAAGGACAAGUCCGGGAAGUUCAAGGAGUCGUUGGGUGGGGACACCAAGGGACUUCUCUCCUUGUAUGAGGCGUCCUUCCUUUCAUUGGAUGGUGAAAGUAUAUUGAAAGAGGCAAGACAAUUCUCAACUAAGCAUCUCAAAGAGUACUUGAUGAUUAACAGAAGCCCGGAUGAUGAUGAUGAUGGUGAUGAGAAUCAUGAGAUGCUGCUGCUAGUAGCUCAUGCUUUGGAGCUUCCAUUACAUUGGACCAUGCCUAGGGUGGAGGCCAGGUGGUUCAUUGAUGCAUAUGAGAGGAGACCAAACAAGAAUGCCAUCUUGCUCGAGUUUGCCAAACUAGAUUUCAAAAUGCUGCAAGCUAUUGACCAAGAAGACCUAAAACAUGCUUCCAGGUGGUGGAACAGCUUAAGAUGGAGGGAGAGGUUACCCUUCGGAAGGGACAGGAUACUGGAGAAUUUUUUAUGGGCUGUUGGACAGGGUUACGAGCCUCAAUUCCAAUACUACAGAAGAAUGAUCACAAGAAGCAACCAAAUCUUAACUUCCAUUGAUGAUAUGUAUGACAUUUAUGGUACAUUGGAUGAGCUCCAACUCUUCACAAAUGCAGUUGAAAGGUUGUCAAAAUGUUUGUUUAUUUAAAGAAAAUAUCAUCCAUACAUUUAAAUUUAAUAUUUAUGGUGAUAUUUUAUAUCAAAAUUAAUGACAAACAAUCUGGGUUCUCA